AUGAGGAGAUGCUGCAGUAUUGCAGCGAGUAGACCGCAGGUGCUGAGGUUGGGCACCUCGGCACGCACCCUCACAGCUUCAUCAAGCAGCCCGGGUGGAUUGCCCGCAAAGCAAUUCAGAACUGGGGCGCGCGGGGUGCACCUGCCGUGGCAGCAGUCUGGCGCGGUCCGUUCGGGAGUGAUCCGUCUGCGCUCCAGUGUGCCGCUAGGUGGAGCCUUGGCGGGGCGAGCGUGGCAGCCACCAGCGACGGUUUUGAUCCGGGUCUACUCUACACCGAAAUCUGCAGCUGAAGAUGACGACAAGGCCAGCCAGGGCAACGUCAACCCUCCUACAACCGCAACAGCAAACGUGGAGGCUACAACGUCGUCAACCAGGGUGCUCACCAUCCCAAACAUCCUCACCGUGAGCCGCAUGAUCGCGUCGCCGUUCAUCGGCUAUUGGAUCAUACAGGAGGAGUUUGCCCUGGCCAUGGGCUGGCACGUACCUAUCUCUCUGCGCCAAGCAAAGUUCCUGGCGGCGAGUGCGACUGACGCGGUGGACGGGUUCAUUGCCAAGCGCUUCAACCAGAAGUCGGUCGUUGGCUCGUUCUUGGACCCGCUGGCCGACAAGUUGCUGAUGACAAUCAUGGUGACCACCAUGGCCUACAAGGCCCUUCUCCCAUUGCCCUUGGUUGGGCUUAUCCUGCUGCGCGAUGUGUACCGAUCUCUCCCCAGGCCCGUCACCGUCUCGCGAUUCUUCAGUGUGUCCAAGGUGGAGAGCAUCGAGAUCAAGCCGACCGUGAACACUGUGCUUCAGGUGGGUCUGGUGUUCCUCGUCUUGUCGGCUAAGGGACUCGACUUCACGCUCGAUCCCAUGUUCAUGUCCGGACUCGAGUGGAGCGUGGCGGGAACAACGCUGUUCUCAGGUCUGGACUACCUCAACAGCAAUGCCAUGCAGCGCAUCAAGACCUUCCAGGACCGGCUCACCAAACGAGACCCCUGA